GGCUCAGUUUCUUCAGGUUGUUUGCUUUGCAUGGCCCUUGACCAAAACAUGGUUCUGUCAGUUAGGCCUCAUAUCAGACGACUAUUCACGGGUUCUGGCAUCGCCUGUGCUGAUCCAUUGGUUCUGGAGAGAACCAAAUACCACUUUGCUCAAAAUACGCAUUUCAUUAACCAAGUAGAUGUGAUCGCAGUCAACUCCCAACUCAAGCAGCUUGUUAGAACCGGUUGCUUGGACGAUGCUCGCCAACUGUUCGAUAAAAUGCCUCAAAGAGAUGAAAUCACAUGGACCACCAUGAUAUCCGGCUAUGUUAGUGCCUUGGAAUGCUCUAAAGCAUUGGUAUUGUUCUCAAACAUGUGGGUAGACCCUACCAUCCGAAUGGACCCCUUCGUACUGAGUGUUGCACUGAAGGCUUGUGGACUCGAUAUGAACGUGAAUUUUGGGGAGUCAUUACAUGGAUACUCUGUAAAAACUGGGCUUGUUAACUCGGUGUUUGUUGGCAGUGCCCUUGUGGAUAUGUAUAUGAAAAUGGGCAAAAUCUCGGAAGGCUGUAGGUUUUUUAAUGAAAUGCCGGAAAGAAAUGUGGUCACUUGGACUGCCGUUAUAACCGGGCUAGUUCGUUAUGGUUAUAACAAGGAGGGUUUGGUAUUUUUUUCUGAAAUUUCAAGAUCAAAUGCUGACUAUGAUUCAUAUACGUAUGCUAUAGCACUGAAGGCUUGUGCAGAUUCCGGUGCGUUGAAUUCUGGGAGGGCAAUUCACACUCAAACAAUGAAGAAGGGUUUUGAUGUUAGCUCAUUUGUGGCUAACAGUCUUGCUACCAUGUACAACAAAUGUGGGAAAUUAAAUUAUGGCUUACGCUUGUUUGAAAAGAUGAGGAUGAAGGAUGUUGUUUCGUGGACAACAAUUAUUACAACAUAUGUUCAGAUGGGUCAAGAGGCGGAUGCAAUUGAGGCAUUCAUACGGAUGCGAGAAUCAGAUGUAACUCCUAAUGAAUACACUUUUGCAGCCGUUGUGUCUGGCUGUGCCAAUAUUUUGAGAAUAGAAUGGGGUGAGCAACUACAUUGCCAUAUUUUACAAAUAGGUCUAAUGGGUUCUUUAUCGGUUGCAAACUCUAUCAUGUUCAUGUACUCAAAAUGUGGAAAGUUAACUUCAGCUUCUAUGGUGUUUCACAGAAUGAUCACGAGAGAUGUUGUUUCAUGGAGCACUAUAAUUGCAGGUUAUUCUCAAGGAGACUCUGGUCAGAAAGCUUUUGACUUUCUAUCACAGAUGAGAAGGGAAGGACCAAAGCCAACUGAGUUUGCUCUUGCUAGUGUGCUCAGUGUGUGUGGGAAUAUGGCAAUUCUUGAGCAAGGGAAGCAGCUCCAUGCUCAUGUGCUGACCAUUGGUUUAGAUAACACACCUAUGAUACAAAGUGGCUUGAUUAAUAUGUAUUCAAAAUGUGGGAUCAUUGAAGCAGCAUCAAGGAUAUUUAAUGAGGCAGAAAAUUAUGAUAUUGUCUCAUGGACUACCAUGAUUAAUGGAUAUGCAGAGCAUGGUCGCAGCCAAGAAGCAAUUGAUUUAUUUGAAAGAAUUUCAAGUGUUGGUUUGAAACCAGAUUCUGUGACCUUCAUUGGAGUCCUUAGUGCUUGUAGCCAUGCUGGUCUUGUCGAUCUUGGUUUCCACUACUUCAAUUCAAUGAGCAAGUACUACCAGUUUAAUCCUUCAAAAGAACAUUAUGGCUGCAUGAUUGAUCUCCUCUGCCGAGCUGGACGCUUAAAUGACGCAGAGCACAUGAUCAGAAGUAUGCCAUAUGAACCAGAUGAUGUUGUUUGGUCCACUCUUCUCAGAGCAUGUAGAAUCCAUGGUGAUGUUGAUUGUGGAAGACGGACUACAGAACAGAUUCUUGAAUUGGAGCCAAAUUGUGCUUCAGCCCACAUAACCAUGGCCAACAUUUACUCUGCAAAAGGGAAGUGGAGGGAAGCAGCAGAAAUAAGAAAGAUGAUGAGAUCGAAGGGAGUAAUAAAGGAGCCUGGAUGGUCUUGGAUUAAACUCAAGGAUCAGGUUUCUGCAUUUGUUGCAGGUGAUCGAUCACAUGCAGAAGGUGAAGAUAUAUAUGGUUUGCUGGAUUUACUAGCUUCAGACUCAGAAAUAUCAGAUUUUGUCCAAGAUUUGGGCUCCCUUCUCUAUGAUCUUGAAGAUUAAAAGAAGGUUGACCUGUGGGUUUUGUGGAUUGAGUUUUUCUAUUGCUAUGGAGUCAUGUGCACAUCUUGAAAAUGAUGGCACGUAUCCAUUUAAGCAAGAAAUCAGUUUUGACGGAGUGAUUCACCGUCUCCAUUGCAAUGGUUUAAAGUGGCCUUUGAUUUGGUGUCAAGGAUGGCCCUUCUGAGAGCGACCUAGAAGUGGAAACAUCCUGUUAUCGAAACCCAUGACCCAACUGAAAUAUGAUCUGUGCUUGUGUGUUAAAAUAAUUUGCUGCUGCUUGCUAAAUGACCCAUCUGCACAAGAAUACUUGGUUUGUUGGUUUUGUAGGACCUGCUUAUGAAAAUGGCCCAUGGGAUGUGGAAGGACCCCAUUACGGCUUAGGAUCACUUUCCAUCUGUACUGGAUGACACAAGAACCUAUAGACUUGGUGCCCUUCAAUGAAGACUCACGGAUUAUAAUUCAUCUGCUGUGAAUGUGAAUUAUAUGUUAGUAGCUCAACAAGCCCCAGUUUUGCAGUUGGAGGAAGAGGUCUACUGAACUGAUUUGCUGCGAGUUUAGGUAUCCGUCUAUGGUGAAACUCCCCUUGCCAUAUUAGGUUGUCUCUUUCCAAAUGUCAUAACAAGCCAGAACUGCACGUUGCAGGAAGAAAGAUUUCAUAUAACAGAGACCCUAUUUGGGUAAUUUUUUUAUUUAUUUUUUAAACUACAUUAUUUUGUAUGCCUAAUUGCUACUGGAAAAUUAUAUUCAGGCAUUGCCUUUGCAGGAAGGAUUUUUGCCUGAAGAUGUUAUUAACAAAUGGGGAUUAUGAAAGAAAAUGAAACCUAAAAACACAAAACAGAAA